CUGUCCCUGCAAAGCACUCAGGGAGGGCUGCUGAUGGUAGUAAGUAAGAGGGAGGUGGAGGGGGGAUAGAGGAGGACCCAUCCUCUGCCUGGAAGAAGGAGGAGGAGGUUGAGGCCAGAGCUGUGCUCAUAGCAGCAGGAAGAGAGAGGCUUGGAUAGGUUUGGAGGCCAGCCUGAGGCUGCAGUGUGUGGCAGUGCCAGCACCCGGGAGGGUCUGGCAGGCUCUGCAUUGCCAUCUGGGCUCACCAUCUCCCCCUGCACACCACCAUCACUCCCAGCCAGGCACAGCGUCACCAGGAGCAGCUGGUGGCAGAGGACAGAGGAUGGAACCAGGUGCCCCCCCUGAACUGCAAGCUGGUGACAAGGACACAGAGAGGGUACCAGGAGGGCACUGUGCUGGCAGCAGCUGGGACAUGGGCACCCAGAUACAGAUCAGGGUGGCCAUAGAGGCAGCUGAUGAUGAUGAUGACCCAGACACCCAGGAUUUCAGAGGAGGGCUGGAAGGAGGAAGCUGCAGCGAGGAUGACUACAGCCGCAAUGACAAAUACAGUGGGGCGGCUACCAGUGGAGGGGAGAAUGAUGGUGAUGAGCUGGAUCAGAACUGGCAACCUCCUGAUUCGGAACUGAUCCAGAAACUUGUAGUCCAGAUUGAAUAUUACCUUUCUGAUGAAAACUUGGAGAAAGAUGCCUUCCUAUUAAAACAUGUGAGAAGAAAUAAAAUGGGAUUUGUCAGCGUUAAACUACUUACCUCCUUUAAAAAGGUAAAACACCUCACACGUGAUUGGAGAACCACUGCAUACGCUUUAAGGUUUUCUGAUUUACUUGAAUUAAAUGAAGACGGCAGGAAAAUACGUAGAAAAACUCCUGUUCCUGUAUUUCCUAGUGAGAAUCUUCCCAGUAAGAUGCUCCUAGUCUAUGACCUCCACUUUAUUCCAGAGCUUCAAUGUUUAAAUAAAGAACAGGAGAAUGGUGGAAUGCAGGAAAAGAUAAUGGAGCAGCUCCUCAAGAGUUUUGGAACUUUUGGUGUAAUUUCCUCUAUACGUAUUUUGAAACCAGGGAGGGAUCUUCCAUCAGAUGUCAAGAGGUUCAGCAGUAGAUACAGUCAAGUUGGGACCAAGGAAUGUGCAAUAGUGGAGUUCGAAGAGGUAGAAGCUGCUAUCAAAGCACACGAGACAUUGAAUGUAGAAAGUGAAGCAGACGAUGGUAUUAAAGUUGUUCUGAUUGGUAUGAAGCCUCCAAAGAAAAAGAUACAGAAAGACAGGAGUAAAGAAGAAGAUUCAAAGAAUCUUCGCAAAAACAGAUCUUUGAAUAAAAGGGUGGAAGAACUUCAAUAUAUCUGUGAUGAGUCCACAUCCGAACCAGAGAGUAAUCCAAACUCUCCAAUGACUGGCAGAAAAACUCCAUCCAGUAACAAGCUCAGCCCAUCUGCUUACCCAAAUAACCAUUUGAGCCCCAAUGCCUCACCCAGAAACAGCCCUUGGAGUAGCCCCAGUGGGCAGCGGAAGGCCUCAAAGCAUUCCCCACUUGCGGAAAGCAUGAGUCCCGAAUUCUCUCGUAGGAGCACAGAGUAUUCCUCUGAUAGUAGCACUACUCCAUCAAGUAGUCCUUGGGUUCAGAGAAGGAGACAAGCUCAGACUGUAACUCAAGAAAAAAGUCCAGCUUGUAGUCCUAUGCUAGGCAGGAAAAUACAGAAUGCCGAUGGCUUGCCACCUGGUGUUCUGAGGCUUCCAAGAGGCCCUGAUGGUACAAAGGGAUUUCACAGUGGAAGCGAAAGGAAUAAACCAGUUGAGAAUCUCUGAAUGCCACACAACCUUAAGGAAAUUGUUGCACCAGCAUUCCACCAGCCUCUUCUGUACUGAAGUGACUUGUGAUGCAACACAUUGCUUCAAGCCAACCCAGUAGUGUUGGGUUGCAUAUUAUUUUUUAGCUGGAAAGGAAAGCAUUUUCAGAUAGACUGAUCUAAAGUCUGUAUUUAUUUUCUUUCUCUUUAAUUUUUAUUUUUUAAAUGUUUUUUAUUUUAAAAAAAUUCAGUUUACUUUCUAAGCCUACUGUGUACAU